CUGUCAAAUCUUGAUAUGCAAGGCGAAGUUACAGUAUUUUGAUAAAUUUAUGUUUUAAGUAUACUUUUUAGUACCUGAAAUACAGUUAUUACUGCGAGUAUGUUUAUUGUCGGGCUCACCGGAGGAUUGGCGACGGGAAAAAGUACAGUGCUAUCAAUAUUUCGUGAUAACCAUAUAGCAGUAAUUGACGCCGAUGAAGUUGCUAGAAACGUAUUAGAACCGGGAACGAAGGCAUGGAAAGAAUUAAGACAUUAUUUUGGCGAUGAAGUCUUACACCCCGACGGUAAAGUGAACAGAGUCAGACUAGGCGAGAUAGUAUUUGACAAUAUAGAGAAGAGGCGGCAACUCAAUGCAAUAACACACCCUAGAAUACAGAAAGCUAUGAUGAGUAUGGCCAUGAUGUAUUUCUUUUCUGGUCAUAAAUACAUUGUAAUGGAAGUUCCAUUACUGUUUGAAACUGGAAAAAUGUUGACAUUUAUGCAUAAAAUAAUCACAGUGAUCUGUGAAGAUCAUCAACAACUUGAAAGAUUAUGCAAACGUAAUAAUUUCUCAGAGGUGGUAGCAAGAAAGAGGAUAAGCUGCCAGAUGCCACUUGAACAGAAGAUGGCAAGAUCUCACUUUGUUAUUGAUAACUCCGGUAACAUUGAAAAUACAGUGAAACAAACUGUAUCUAUAAUUAAAGUAUUGCAAAGAUCGAAAUUCACUUGGUAUUUCCGAGUUAUUCUUCUAAUUGGUUUUCUAUCAGUGGCAUUUGGUGUAGGGCAUAUAAUAAGUAAUUUAAUUAAUAAGGAAACAUAAGUACUAAUGUAUUGUAAUUGCAUUUUGUACCAGUAAUCUCAUUAGACUUAAUGCAUUUAAUUUAUACCAUAUGAAAAAUGUAAAAACAUAUAAUAAUAUUAUUUCUUUGUUAAAAAAUUAUGGGAUAACCAAUUAUGUGCUUAACCAGUGAGUUAAUCUUGAUUAUAUCUUAUAUUAUGGUAGCUUAUUAUUAUUAGUUAAGGCACAGCUAAAUUUAAAUAUACCUUUUCAAACAAAUAUAUACUCUUCUUAUUCUUAGUCAAAACAUAGAUGUAAAAAGUAGUCAACUUUAGGUUAUAAUCUUACAAUGCCAGGUAUUGCCAUAAUAUUCACUUAAUUCUUUGUGUUUUCUUUUCCAUAUGUUUGUUAAAUUAUUUUCAAUUAAUACUGUGCCCUUUUCUGAUUGUUUUUUUUUAUUGUUGUAG